AUGGACUUAUUCUUCUCCGAACGUCUUGAAUACCAAAGUUUUAACUCUCCUGAGGAUGACGACUUCUUCCAUUCUAUCCAGAGUGAUCCGGUGGCCUUCACGAACUCAUGUGCAUCACUUAUACGACCUGUUAACCGCCAAUUCACUGAAAACAUCAGAAAACAACUCAUUGAGAACUCACUGUUGUUUGUGGUUAUCUACAGAACUGGUUAUGAGCGCAUCGGCACACUUUUCUUAAAGUCUGCAAGUCCAGAUAUGGCUCAUCACCGUUGCUCAGAAUUCGGUAUCGAUAUAAAGAAGGAAUAUCAAAACCAGGGAUAUGGCACCGAGGCAAUCAACUGGAUGCUUGACUGGGCAUUCAAGAAUGCUGGUCUACACCGGGUGGAGUGCAACGUUUUUGGUUGGAACCCUCGCGCACAGAAGACUUAUCAUAAACUUGGCUUCCGGGAGGAGGGACGGAGAAGGGAGUGCUUGUUUAAGGACGAUAAAUGGUGGGAUGAAGUGCAUUUGGGUAUUCUUAAGAAGGAAUGGCAGCAAAUCAGACAGUGA